UGCUCAUAGAACUGGAACCAUUGGAAGCGUCCUUGAGCUGACGGAUAGUGAAACGAUUUUUUCGCAGUAUCGUAGCAACAUGGCAGACCUAGAUUCCAAUUACAUAGAGGGGCUUUCGGAUUACCGUUGGAAAGAAGCAAAGAUACCGAUUUACGUAGACCGAGAUAUAGAUGUUAAGGAUUGGAAAGCAAUAUCUGCUGAACCUGGGACUAACAAACCACGGGCCUGGAAAAUCACAGAUUCUGAUAUCGUAGAAUGGACUUUAGCCGCUAAAGGAAAGUUCUUCAGCCAAGAAGUAUACAUAGUGUUGAAUCGUACCUCUCUCAAAACAUCGACCAGCUGUGAUAUCCACUGCUGGAUUGGAAAGCAAGCCUCUUCUGAGCUGUACAAAAAGGCUUUGUAUAAUGCUACUGCGUUCGGCGAGGCUGUAAGAAGCCUUCAUUUUAAAGUCUUAUGAUUGUGACUGCUUGUGGUCUGCUCGCCUUGUUCUUAAUCCCAGAGUUUUCGCCUAAUGACUGUUGGUGAUCCUCAAGUAACUUUUCCAGUCAGAAAAGAAAUGUUUUUUCACAUCUAACUGUGUUCAUUUGUACACGUACGAAAAAGGAUUGUACUGGCAUAAAAAAGACGCUCAAAGUACUUUUCGAAACUUCUUUGCCGCAACUAUGUAUCGAAACUGAAAUUAUAAACAGCAGAUCUGAAAAUAUGGCCAGUGUCUUAGCUGCAUUCAGGCAUAAUUAUUUUAGCGAGACAAGUUUCAUUAAAAAUUAAUAAGAAAACUCUGUAUUUAACUUCUCAGUCACACUUUAUUUUGCAAUGACGUCAUUAUUAACCUUCCGAAGAUCAAAUUCAUGAUCACCUUUAUCAUGAUUAUGGUAACUUUUUUCUGUGAAUUUUUGUUGUUCAUUGUUUUAUCCAUAGAUGGA